AGCUUGGUGUAAGCAAAAUUUCUUGAUUUUGCUCAGUAUUACGCACAUUCUGUAAUUCUCACGAUGACUUAUCAAGUAUAUAGUACAUUCGUGCGAAAGUGAAAGAGCGCGGCCGUGUCGCUGGUGGUCUCUCAGAGUCGAGGCUCAGUCGUGUGGUGUGUCAGUUCGUGGGGAGAUCUCACAGCUCACACGUCGCACGUAAAAACUCUUGCUUUUUCCUGUAUUUUAAUUUUUUUCAUGAAAUCUUAUCACGAUCGUGCAUGCAUGUGCAAUGGGGCACCAUUAGUUUCUCAUGUCUUUAUCUUCAAAUCAAUGCAGGAGUCAAAAACACGUCACGAUAUAAGUGCAACGAUCGAGAAAUCAGUCAAGACUAGACAGUUUUUGACUCACCGAUAAUCCGAAUUCGAUUGAAUAGCCGCCUUAUUUCUUACGCAGCAACGCAUUUUUAUGGACUUUUAAAUUACUUCAUUUUUAUGAGCUCCUGUUCUGGAAAUAUCAUCAGCAGUAAUGGAGCCAAAAACCUACAAAAUUGGAUCGCGAAAAAGCGAACUAGCGCUUAUUCAGACCAAACAUGUCAAAAAACUUUUGGAAGAACUCAAUCCAGAUGUAACUUUUGAAAUUGUCACUAUGGACACAAAAGGUGACAAAAUACUCAAUAUUUCACUGCCGAAAAUAGGUGAAAAAUCUCUUUUCACAGCUGAAUUGGAAAGUGCUCUUGAAAUGCGCAACGUUGACUUUUUGGUACAUUCGUUAAAAGACCUACCAACAACAUUGAAAGAUGGGCUGAUUAUCGGUGCAAUAUUACAGAGAGAAGAUCCUGAAGAUGCUGUUGUCAUGUCUAAAGCUCAUAGCCAGUACACUUUAAAAACAUUACCACCUGGUAGCGUGAUUGGUACUAGUUCAUUACGAAGAUCUGCCUAUUUAUCUAGAAAUAUGAAGCACUUAAAAGUUGAAACAAUAAGGGGAAAUCUGAACACAAGAUUUAAAAAACUGGAUGAUGAAAAAACUAAUUUUGCGGCUAUAAUAUUAGCAGUUGCAGGUCUUAAAAGAAUAGGAUUUGAAGAUAGAAUAACGGAACGUAUGAAUUGCAAAGAAUCAUUAUAUGCUGUUGGUCAAGGUGCCCUAGGUAUAGAAUGCAGAGAAGGAGACGAGGCAGUAUUGUCAUUAUUAGAACCUCUAACGCAUUUGGAGUCAACGAUAUGUUGUGUAGCCGAACGCUCGUUCUUAAAAACUUUAGGAGGUGGCUGUUCAGCACCUGUGGGUGUAUGCUCAGAGUUAAAAGAAAAAAAUUUGACUUUAACUGGUGCUGUUUUAUCCUUAGAUGGGAAAGAACUUAUUGAAAAUACUUUAGAAAAGAAAUUAUUUAUACCAGAUGAAGAUGCUGAACCUGUAAGAAAACAUGCUUACAUAGAACCAAAGACUUUUUGCAGUGUAUGGCCAGGAAAAGUCAGUUCUAUUAGCCUAUCUGAGGCUGAAAAAUUAGGAAAAGAUAUUGCCGAAAGUUUAAUAGAAAAAAAUGCUUUGGAAGUUAUGGCUGAUGCUCGAAGUCAAAUUUCAAACACACCGUAAAUUGUUUAAUAAAUGGGUGAAGGGAUAACAGAUAUAUAUAUAAUUGUUAUAUAUAAAUGCUGUUUUGUAAUAUAAUUGUUAAUACAAUUUUUAUAAUUGUAAUGUAAAAAAAUAUAUGACUAAUAGAAUCUUUUAUGUAAUUACAAUAUUGUUUAUAUUUAUUUAAAACUAUGUUGAACCGCACUGUGUAUA